AUGGCUCUCAUGGCAUACGCGUUGGUGUUUAGCGCGGUGGCAGUGGCUGUGGCCUCUUAUGAACCGUACGUCUACGCUUCUCCACCGCCACCAACAACAACAUACUCGUCUCCAUCUCACAAAAACCAAUCUCCUUACUACUACAAAUCACCACCGUCUCCUCUAAAAUACAGAAGAGACGGUCCUAAAUACAAGCCUCAUCCUAAACAAUACGUUUACAAAUCUCCACCACCUCCUCCUUAUUACUCACCUUCUCCAAAACCCGAGUACAAAUCUCCACCACCUCUAUACAUCUAUAACUCUCCCCCGCCUCCGCCCUACUAUUCUCCAUCUCCAAAACCUGAGUACAAGUCUCCACCACCACCGUAUGUUUUGGAGAUGGAGAAUAGAAUGGCAGAGGUGGGGGAGAAAUGUAAACGUAAGGCGGUGGGGGAGACUUGUACUCAGGUUUUGGAGAUGGAGAGUAGUAUGGAUGAGGUGGGGAAGAAGUGUAAACGUAUGACAGUGGAGGAGAUUUGUACUCAAGUUUUGGAGAUGGAGAGUAGUAUGGAAGAGGUGGUGGAGAAGUGUACACGUACGGCCGUAGGGGAGAUUUAUACUCAGUAUGGAGGAGGUGAGGGAGAAGUGUAA